UAUUAACGUUACGCUGUCAGCGGGCUUAAACCGGCUGAUAGCGGCCGGGUAGCCUGCUUUGAUGUGCCGGGGAACGUUCCACAGCACUGCGAUGAGAGCGGGGACAGCAGAGACAGCAGAGCGGCGGUAGAAGAUGGAGGAUGACCUGGUGUCCGAGAAUGAUAUCUUGCUGUGGUCAGAGAAGGAGCUCCAUGAUGCUGCAAAGAGAAACGACACAGAGAGAAUGCAGGAGCUGAUCAAGAAGGGUGUGGAUGUCAAGGCCAAGAAUAAAAUCGACCGUAAAGCGCUGCACUGGGCAGCGGGAGCUGGUAGUGAACAGGCUCUACGCCUCCUACUGGUCCAUGACAAUGAAGUUGAUGAGAGGGACUCUUUUGGCAUGAACGCUCUGCUUCUGGCAUCCUGGUUUGGUCACCUAAAAAUCCUGCAGAUCCUGGUGUCCUGUGGGGCUAAGCUCAACUGUGAAAACAAAGAUGGUCUGAGUAUGCUACACUGUGCUGCUCAGCGAGGCCACAUCAGUGUUUUGGAGUUCAUCAUGGAAGACCUGGAAGACAUCUGUCUCGACAGAGCUGACAAGUCAGGGAAGACUGCACUCCACCUGGCUGCUGAACAUGGACAAUUUGAAGUGGUGGAGUUUCUGAUUGGAAUGGGUUGCACACAUGGUUUGAAGGACAAGGAAGAGAACACAGCCAUGCAUCUGGCAGCAAAGUGUGGGCACAGCGAGGUUCUGCGGAAGAUCGUGGAGACUGGAGUCGACGUCGAUGAGAGGAAUAUAGAUGGUCUUCAAGCACUGCACGUGGCAGCUGAUGGAGGUCACUAUGAAAGUGUCAAACUGCUGCUGGAGUCCGGCUGUAAUAUCAAUGCACAAACUAAUAAGAACAUGAAUGCUCUCCAUUAUGUGGCAGAGCAUGGCUUUGACAGAGUGGCCAGUUUGCUGCUGGAGGCAGGAAUUAACGUAGAUGCUGUAAACAAUCAACACAACACACCCCUCCACCUAGCUGUGAUGAGCAAUCACACAGAGGUUGUACGGCUGCUUAUAGAUGCUGACUGUGACCUGGACAUCACUGACAAUAGACAACAGACUGCUCUGCACAUAGCAGCAGAGCAUGGCCUGCAGGACGUGGCUGAGAUGAUGCUGAUCUCUGGCGUUAACCUCAGUCUGACUGACAAGCAGGGGAAAACGUGUCUGGAGGUGGCAGCAAGAGGAAAUCAUGUCAUCCUGGUCGACAUGAUCAUCAAAGCUGACCGCUUUUAUAAAUGGGAUAAGGAUCAUAUGGGCAGUGAGCAGGACCAAGACUUGGGGAGGCCUUUGAGCUUCAAGCAGGACCACCAGCCAGAGACACAGCACCUCCGCUCUGUCCUGUGGAGACUGGCCACCAAGCACCUCUGCCGUGGGGAAUGGAAGAUUCUGGCACAACACUGGGACUUCAGCGACGCACAUAUCAGAGCUAUAGAACAACAGUGGACAGGUAUGAAAAGUUUUAAAGAGCAUGGUCACCGAAUGCUGUUGAUCUGGCUUCAUGGAGUCGUGGUGGGGGGAGAGAACCCGAUCAAAGGUCUCUACGAGGGGCUGGUAGAAAUCUCACGGACAGACUUGGCAGAGUGCAUCCGUCAGAAGGCGAAUGCAGAGCCCAGCUCUCCCAAAAUGUGCUGUGCAAUGUGAUCAACACUGUGAGUGGCAACACAACAACUCCAAGGUUUCAGUUCAUAUCAGGCCUGUAAAUGCCCAGAACUGAGCCCAUGAAAAACCUUUGUAUUGUCCAUGACUUGUUUAUACAUUCACACAUUGAAUAUACUGUGAUUGGUCUGCAUUUGGUUCACAGAGCAUUUAUUCUCUUUUGGGGUUAGGGAAAAUGAUGGUUAUAAAUAUCUGCUGUCAAUGUAAUAUAACAGUUUGGUUUUAUUUUUUCAAUGCAUGCAGUGAACACUUGCUAACACCAUUCAUACUGUACUGUAUCUCUGUCCACAAAGGGCUUUUUUAGCACACUAUGACUACCUGUCAUUCAGGUAAUAUAAUGUAAUGCUUUCUCUUGCAAUGUCUCUCAAACUUCUUCUUCCUUCAAACUGUAUUGAGUGAUGUAGGAAAAGUAAGGCUCCAAAACACUCAGAAGCACAUUGUUAUGGCUACUAGAUGUUACAGUAGCAAACAGUCACCCACUGUUCACCACCGCUGUACACCACAUCUGACAGACACUAAACAAGUGCAAAUUUGAUCACUGGAGUGUUUUUGCAGUCUGUGUUUUUCCUGCUCCAUAGGGAAAAAUGAACACAGUCACUUGGAAGGUGAUCAGAGGCAGACUCGAGAAACUUUUUCAAUGACUUUAAAAAAAUAUGUAUAUAUUUACACAGUGCAACACAUAGUACUAGGGAUGUCCGAUAAUAUCAGCCCUCCUUUAUUAUCAGCCGAUAUUCACUAAUAAGUGUAAUAUCGGGAAUUAUCGGUAUCAGGUCUUUAUAACCGAUGUUUGUUCUGUAGGCUUCAGCAUUUCCGAGCCUGCAUGAACGCAGCAUGGGACGUUUACCGGCGCGCGCUAGAUGACGUAUAACAACAACAACUACACACUAGACUGGUUGGUUGCUAACCGUGGCUAACAAGCAAACAAUUUAAAACUGAAUGAUUUUAAUAUUAACACAAAAUAAGUGCAAUGCACCUUAAAUAUUUGACCCUGCUAUGAGCUGUUCCUUAACCAAACUAACAAUUGGCUUAGAAUUUACAUUAGCACUCCUUCAGGUGCAUAAUACUAUUAAACACACUAACCAAAGCUAGCUCUUUGUCAGCAAUUAGCGCGUAGCUAGCGAUUAGCGCUAGCACUCUUUUCAGUAUUAAUACAAUGAAAGUUGAAGUUGUUCUCUUAUUUUGCACAGACAGUGUUUACAUUUGGAAAGCCAUGUUGCAUUUAUGUAUGCAUCCAGUGGGGCAUCACAAUAAAAUUAGGCAUAAUGUGUUAAUUCCACAAUAGGAGAUAUCUUAUGUUGUUACCUAACAGUUUUGGUGUAAAAAGCCUGCAUAUAUCGGUAUCGGGUGAUAUCGGUAUCGGAAAUUGAGAGUCGGACAAUAUCGGAAUAUCGGAUAUUGGCAGAAAAGCCAAUAUCGAGCAUCCCUACAUAGUACACCUGUAACGAGAGAAAGACAAACAAACAACUAAAUGGCAGACCUGGCUUAAUUGAGGAAAAUGAAAUCAAUUUAAUUGUGAUUUCACCGCAACACAAGCAUCUGGUAAUGUUCCACUUAGGAUAGAUCAGUUAAGAAACAUUUUUUUAACUGCGCUUUUGUGUCCACUCAUGUCCUUACAUUGACUCUAUAAGCCACUGGUUCCCAAACCAGAGGUCAGCUAACUUUAUGGGGGGUCACAAGGCCUUCUUGACUUUAAGGGGUAGAAGAAAACUUAUAAGAAAGAAAGUAAGUAAGUAUAUAGACAGUAGGCCUGAAUCUCAGCAUUUCAUUAAUUUCUUUGAAGAAAACUAAACGGAACUUCUUAAGUAAUUUUGAUUAUUUAAGAUUUAAACUUUUCAUAGGAUAAGGGCACAGUGAAGAGCUGAACACAAGCUGUAUUCGUCGAGCCUUCAGUGUCUGGUAAACAGCCUCGUCCUGCAUUAGAAAACACAGAGAAAACACUGAAUUUGUAUGUGUACAAGUAUGUGUGAUUGUUAAAAAUACAUAAUACUGGGAAUAAUAUAGUUUAAAUAUUUUAACAUUGUGCCGUCCUUCAUGACAGAAUCUACAAACAGAUGUUAUGUAGCUCAUCGAUCUGAUGAAUACAUUAUCUAAAAUUAUAUACAUGAAAUAAUUUUAUUUUAUUAUUUUUAAACAAUACAACAUCACCAUAGCAACAUAUGGUCAUGUGUGUUUCGUCGUGCCGUCAUGCCCUUCUGACUUGACUGUUUGUUUGUUUUCCUGUUGUCUGCAAGUUUCUUUUUAGUUUCUGUUUUAUAGGAAGUCAUUUUUGUUUCACAUUAGAAAUAUUUUCUAAUGCUCUUUUUUUUGCUCUGUUCAUUUUAUGCCAUUUUUAUGACAUUGCAAUAUUUUACAUUUUAUGAAAAUGGAUCCAUAUGUAUUUAUUUCAUAAUGUCUUUAUUAUUGAUCUAAUAUUGAACAUUUCAUUCCAUACUAAACGUUGGAACAUACCCACCUUAGAUGAUCUGUGGAUGCUGUUUUAAACAAGAGCCAGCCGUGUAAGCUUACCUUUGUUUAAGUUUCCCACUGUUCUAUUAUGUCUCUGUGUGUUUGUCUUUUAUUGUGAAUCAUUUUGUAAUGUUUGCUCUAGAGCGGUGCUAUAUACACAAACUUACACUCACUUUUGCUCACCAACAGCCACGCACUGCGGCAGCUCUCACAAACAUGAACACACCAAAUGGUAAAUGGACCUUUACUUGUAUAGCGACUUUCUAGUCUUCCGACCACUCAAAGCGCUUUUACACUACGUGCCACAUUCACCCUUUCACACACAUUCACUCAAAGUCCAUCAAACAGAAACUAACAUUCAUACACAUUCACACACCGAUGCACAGCAUCGGGAGCAAUUUGGGGUUCAGUAUCUUGCUCAGGGAUACUUUGACAUGUGGCGGGAGGAGCCAGGCAUUGAACCAUUCUGAUUAGAGGACGAUCCGCUCUUCCUCUGAGCCACAGCCGCCCAUCUAAGACAGCUAUGAUUGCAUCAUAUGACCACAGAAGCACAUUGACAUUCACAAAUAAGCUUACCAGCAUCUUUGUAAUUAGUCUUGUUGAUGGUUUAUGUGCAGUGAUGUUUAAACUGCUGUGGUUAUACACAGCAGUCUUCAGGCUCUGCACUCUCUGUAUCGUGGCCUUAUAAGUCUAUUUAGUCAGUUUAACAUAAUUAUCUAAAGCACAACUGGACUGGAAAAGACUCAGUGAUAAUAACAUAACAAUAAGAUGCUGCAGUGCUAAGCCUUGGUUUAACUUGAACCUAUUGUCCUUACUACAGUUGUGCAUGCAUGCUAUAAACUGUCUAAAUGUUUUAAGUUCAAUAGAGCAAAAAAUAAUAGUCGCAAUAAAUCGCAUAAGGUCCUAUCCAGAGCCAGUGUUUGGUUUGUCUGUUCUGGGCUACUGUAGAAACAUGGCUGUUCAGCAUGGCAGAUUCUGUAGAAGAGGACCCGCUCCCUCUGUAGAAACUGCUCAUUCUAAAAGGUAAUGAAAACACAAUUCCUAUAUUCAGGUGAUUAUACACUAAUGAAAACAUACCUAUGAAUAUUAGAUUCUAUUUCUGACAAUAGAUCCUCCUCAUUGUUACACACUGAACUUUAAGUGACCACUAGAUGAAUUUGAGGUGUCACAGGACGGAAAAGCAGACUAAUACUUUCGUGUAGUUUUUUUAGGUUUUCCUUUACCUUUGCUUUAUUUUCUUGUGAACUACUGAAUCAUUUUACGUGUUUUGUGUUCACCUGUACCUGCUUGUUAUUGUUUAUGAAUCCACUGGAUUGAAGCACCAAACAGAGUCGUCCAUGUUAAAUGAUUUGUACAGGAAUCAGACGUCUGUACCGCACCAUGGAUUUGAUGUUUUUUAUGCAUUUUUGUCUUCUUAGCUUUGAAUGCUAGGUUUCCCUUAUGUCACAGGAAAGCACAGUGUUUGGGAGGGCUGUAGAGAUUAUACAUGUAUUUCCAUUUCUACUUAACCGUCUUUUUGGGCCACUCAAGAUGCAUUUUAAUUCUAGGUGUAAAAAAGGUUGAUGGUUUAUUAAAAAAUUGCUGUUUUUGCAUGAAGUGAAUAUAUAUAAUCUCUUCCUAAGUACAUUCACAAAGUAAUAACACCAGUUUUUGUAAUGAUUUAUAUGACUAAUUGUUUUAUAGAACUCUACUGUAUUGUGGUAUGCCAUUGUACUGCUGAAUUUGAACCUGAACACACCUUGUUGAAUGAUCAUUACUGGUUUACAAAAUAUAAAUGAUCAAGAGAAAAAUUUGCAUGUUAAGACUUUUGUUGUCAAGCAGCGAGUUCUAGCUCACAGUAGGUAGGAGGCUAUAAUAGAAGUUGUUUGCAUGAGUUCCUGUGCAGAAAGUCACCCUGGCUGCUCCUUGAUCUCCUCAGAUAAGUGAUUAUUGUAUAAAGAUACAUUUUUUCAACAUGAAUGCAAUAACUUUUUAUUCUGUGUCAGUGCACAUUUCUGUUGUAUAAUUAAUGUAUACACUUUCAAUGCUACUAUUUACAUGUUGAUAAGAUCAAUAAAAACUCCACUUUAAAAGUC